AUGGACGCAGACUCAAGUCGCUCUACCGACACUAGCAAGAGUGCUGAUCUAACAGACCACACUCUUACAGACUCAAUAGAACAGACUUCUACCUCUGAUAUUACCAAUCAUGGGAGUAUUGAAGAACAGUCAAUCCCCGUCAAUCUUUCGCCAUCCUCAGUCACACCUCCUAAGAUCAAAAAGCGCAUCACACCUACUCUGAUUUCAGGCCCUCUACAUAAUGGAAUCCCCACUCAUAAUAGCCCAUCAAUCUCAUCCUCCUCCGUAGCACCCACCAGCCCCAAUGUUCACCAAUCACGACUCAACUUAUUAGAAAAACGAAACGCAUGGCAAGAACGACAAAAGCAAAAGGCCAUAUCCCCAAGCAUAAAUCAACCGUCCCCCUCGAACCUUGCAAAACAUUUUCAACGCAUCGAUCUUGAAAACAAGAGGAAAGAUCCCAACGCGCCUAGACGAGGAAUGUCCGCUUACAUGUUCUUCGCCAAUGAUCAUCGUGAAAGUGUUCGCCAGGAGUAUCCCCAGUCCUCAUUUGGACAACUUGGUAUGAUCUUGGGCGAGAAAUGGAAAGCGUUGGGUAUGGGAGAACGUAGAGUGUAUGAGGAGAUGGAGGCAAGGGACGUGAGAAGAUAUGAAGAGGAACUUGCUAGAUAUCGUGGUUGA